UUGUAACCUCUUACAUCCUGUCUGUCAUCUGAUAUAACACUUAGGAAUCGAUCGUGACCAUGACGCCCACGAUAAAAUCCAAGGGCAAGACGUCCGAAAUCGGUGCACCAGCACAAUUCAAGCAGGCCAAUCGAAAGGGCAAAAAGGCAUGGCGAAAGAACAUCGACAUCCAGCCUGAAGAGACGGCUAUGGAGGAGGCACGAGCAGAGGAGAGAGUGACUGGAGGCAAGGCAGGUGGGUCGUAUAUCGACCAGAUGUUCACCAUCGAUACCACGGGGGAUGAAAUGGUCGCCAAGCGAAUCAAGAAGCCUCGCACUUUGAGAUCCCUCGAAAUCCUUCAGAAACGUUCGGCCGUACCAGCGCUCACGUCAAAACCGGUUCACGCCGCCAGCAAACCCUACAAGCCCAAGGUUACCGCUGCGGACAAGGAGCGACUCCUCCGGAUAGCCAGAAAGGGUCAGGUCGGCGCCGAUGGCUCGGGCAUGGGUUCUGCGAUCGUCGCCAAGCAGAAGCAGGAGGAUUUGCGGGACGUCUGGACCGAGCGGGAACUCGAGGCCGAGCGAUUAGCAGCAAUCAAGGGCAAAUGGGAGGAAAACCUGAAGGAGAUGCCCUUACCCAAUGUGCCUACCACGCUUCAACAGCAGCGACAGGUACAGAGCGCAACCGCUCAGACGAAAUCGGUACCCAUCCCCAAUGCCGGAACGUCAUACAACCCUCGUCUCGAAGCCCAUCAGGCUCUCAUCGACGAGGCCGUCAGGCAAGAGGUCGAAACGAUGAGAAAGGAGCAAGAGGCGCAGGACAAGGUCGAGAGGUACAAAAAGGUCCUCGAGAACAGGCGAGAGAUGGCCAAGAUCAACGGUACCGAGCUCUCGGGCGGGAUGCUGGUCGCUUCCGGAGAUCCCGAAGCCAUGGCGGAGAGUGCGGGUCUGGAGAUUGAGGAUGUCGAGUUCGAGGUCUCGCAAGCUAGCAAGACGACCAAGAGAAAGACCCAGGCCGAUCGGAACAAGGCGAAGCGAAGAAUCGAAGAGCGACGCAUCGCUAAACAAGCCGCUACGGUCCAAGCACAAAAGAAAGCGAUGCAGACGCUGGCCAACCUCCAGAAAAAGGUCGAAAACACCUUGACAUCGCGCAAGGAAGUGCUAGCGGCACGUCGAGCUGCGUUGGAAGCCAAGCAGCUCGUGGGAUACCAGGGCGGGGAGAAGAUCGGAAAGCACAAGGUCUUGUCUGGCAACGUCGACGUCCAGCUCGGAGAGGACCUCAGCGAGAACAUGCGCGAAGUCAAGCCCGAAGGAAACCUCUUCCGGGAUCGUUUCCGAGCUUUGCAAAGCCGGACGUUGCUGGAACCGCGGGUCAGACAACUGCCAAAGAGGCAUACCGGUCGUACGAAAGAGUACGAAAAGCAUGCUUGGAAGCGGUUCGAGUAGAAGUGGUCCCGAAGCGCAGCAUCGAGGUCAGAUAUUUCAGGGUCAUGUGGUUGUAUCGUAUCAUAUCGGCAUAUCUGCCGGCGCUGGUUUACAUGUUGUACAUUCUCGGUCCGACAUUGAUCAUUGCAC